AUGAAUGUACUUGUGGAAGAUUAUGAGGCACAAUCAAAGUUGAAUCAUGAACAAGCACAAGCUUUCAAGACCAUAUUACAUAGUAUAGACUCUGGAACAACACGAUUAUUUUUUGUAAAUGGACCUGGGGGAACUGGAAAAAUAUUCUUAUAUCAUGCAUUACUAGCAAAUGUUAGAUCAAAAGGUAUGAUAGCUUUGGCAACUGCAACCAGUGGUGUAGCAGCUGUAAUAUUACCAGGAGGUCGUACAGCUCACUCUAGAUUUGACAUAUCUCUUCAAACAAAUGAUACAACUAUGACAAAAAUGUCAAAACAAAGUAGUACUACUAAGUUAAUAAGACAAGCAAAAUUAAUAAUAUGGGAUGAAGCACCCAUGGCAAAGCGUCAAACAAUUGAAACAGUUGACAGGAGCUUUCGCGAUAUAAUGGAUGUCAAUGCAUAUUUUGGUGGAAAAGUAAUGGUCUUUGGAGGCGAUUUCCGACAAGUAUUGCCAGUUGUUCCAAAAUCAACAAGAGUAGAGACGGUUAACACAAGUUUAGUGAAAUCCUAUUUAUGGCCUUUAAUGGAAAAGAUACAUUUCACAACUAAUAUGAGAUCAAAAGCGGAUCCAAAUUUCACUAAUUUCUUACUUCGUGUUAGUAAUGGGGACGAGCAAACAGUAAAGGAUAACUUAUUAAGCCUUCCAGAACUAAUAGUUGUCAAACACAAUAGUGAUGAAAGACCAGAUGAAUGCUUGAUAAGAGAAAUAUUUCUAUCACUACAUCAACAUUCCAGUUCUGCACAGUUCAUAACAGAAAGAGCUAUCUUAGCAAGUAGAAAUGAAUUUGUAGAUCAACUAAAUGAAAUGUUGAUAGCCAAGUUUUUUGGUGAAAGCAAGAUAUUUAUUAGUUUUGCCUCUGCAUAA